AUGCUCUCGCGUACGGCUACCUCUCUCCGCACUACUUCCCGUGCCGGCCGCCUCGUCCUCCGCGGCCUGGCCACCAGCGCACCCGUCUACGAGAACAAGCGCACCCCGCUGUACCAGCUCAAUGUCGACCGUGGGGCCAAGAUGGUGCCGUUUGCCGGGUACGACAUGCCGCUCUCGUACGGCGAUGUCGGGCAGGUCGCUGCCCAUAACCACGUCCGGACCGGCGCCGGCCUGUUUGACGUCUCACACAUGGUGCAGCACAUCUUCAGCGGCCCCGGUGCCCAGGCCUUCCUUAGCAGCCUGACCCCUACCUCGCUCGACAAGAUCGCCCUGAACGGCUCGUCCCUCUCUGUGCUGCUCAACGACAACGGCGGCAUCAUCGACGACCUGAUCCUUACCAAGCACGCCGAGGACGGCUCCAAGUGGUACACUGUGACCAACGCCGGUCGCGCGGACGAGGACAAGGCGCACUUUAGCGCCAAGCUCGAGGCCUGGAACAAGGAGCACCCGGACCAAGCGGUCACCUGGGAGAUUCUCGAUGGUUGGGGUCUUGUUGCGCUUCAGGGUCCCAAGGCGGCCGAGGCUCUCUCCAAGCUCACGGACGCUGACCUCUCGGCCCUCAAGUUCGGGCAGAGCAUGUACGCCGAGAUUGGCAAGGACAAGGUGCGUUGUCACCUUGCCCGCGGCGGAUACACUGGCGAGGACGGGUUUGAGGUUUCGAUUCCUCCCGAGUCGGCAGUCAGCAUCACCGAGCAGAUUCUCGCUGUUCCCGACGUCUGGCCUAUUGGUCUUGGCGCGCGCGACUCGCUCCGCCUCGAGGCCGGCAUGUGCCUGUACGGCCACGACCUGAACGAGAGCAUUUCGCCGAUCGAGGGCGGCCUGGCCUGGCUUGUCAGCAAGGACCGUCGCACCGAGGGCUCGUUCCCCGGCUCAUCGCGCAUCCUCGCCGAGCUCAAGGACGGACCCUCGCGCCGCCGUGUCGGCUUCGAGGUUCCGGGCGCGCCGGCGCGCGAGGGCGCCAAGGUCUUCGAUGAGGCCGGUAACGAGAUUGGCGUCAUUACCUCUGGUAUCCCCUCGCCUACCAUGGGCACCAACAUUGCUAUGGGCUACGUCAAGAACGGACAGCACAAGAAGGGUACGCCCGUGCAGAUUGAGAUCCGCAAGAAGCUCCGCCCCGCUUCCAUCCGUCCCAUGCCCUUCGUCCCGCCCAAGUACUACAAGUAA